AUGAGUGGUUGCUUCUUCCCUCUUCCAGUGAGAGGAUCCGAGGGGCUUUACAUGGUGAAUGGGCCGCCUAGUUUCACCGAGAGCACAGCGUUUCAAAGGGACUCUGGAAAAAAUUGCAAAGCUGUUGCUUUUAGCAAGGACGGUUCCCUCUUUGCCUGGUGCAACGGAGAAAAAGUAAAUAUUGUUAAUGUCACCAGUGCUGAGUUACUGCGUUCCUUUGACCUUCCAAAGGCAGUUUGCCUUGAAUUCUCGCCAAAGAACAACGUCCUGGCCACCUGGCAGGCCUAUACAACUGCUAAAGACGGCACAGCGGGGGUGCCCAACCUACAGCUUCAUGAGGUGAAAACUGGAAAAUGUUUAAAAUCGUUCAUCCAGAAAAAGAUGCAGAACUGGUGUCCUUGCUGGGCAGAGGAUGAGAGCAUUUGUGCCCGGAAUGUAAACAAUGAAGUGCACUUCUUUGAAAACAACAACUUCAAUACUAUUGCAAAUAAACUGCAUUUGCAAAAGGUUAACGAUUUCGUGCUAUCUCCAGGAGCACAGCCGACCAAGGUGGCUGUGUACGUCCCGGGCAGCAAAGGAGCGCCGUCGUUCGUUCGGCUCUAUCAGUAUCCCAACUUCGGUGGCCCUCAGUCUGCACUAGCCAAUAAGAGUUUCUUUAAAGCUGACAAGGUGACAAUGCUGUGGAACAAAAAAGCCACUGCUGUGCUCGUGAUAGCGAGUACAGAGGUUGAUAAAACAGGUGCUUCCUACUACGGAGAGCAAACCCUGCACUACAUCGCCACAAACGGGGAAAGCGCCGUCGUCCAACUGCCAAAAAACGGCCCUAUUUACGAUGUUGUUUGGAGCCCAAAUUCUGUUGAGUUCUGUGCUGUGUAUGGGUUUAUGCCUGCCAAAGCGACAGUUUUUAAUCUGAAGUGUGACCCUGUGUUUGAUUUUGGAACCGGUCCUCGCAAUGCUGCCUACUACAGCCCCCACGGACACAUCCUGGUGCUCGCAGGAUUUGGAAACCUCAGGGGACAGAUGGAAGUGUGGGACGUUAAGAACUACAGACUCGUUUCCAAACCAGUAGCCUCGGAUGCCACGUACUUCGCUUGGUGUCCUGACGGGGAGCACAUUGUCACGGCUACGUGUGCUCCCAGGCUGCGCGUCAGCAACGGGUACAAGGUAUGGCACUACACCGGCUCCCUGCUGCACAGCUACGAAGUGCCGUCGAACGAGGAGAUGUGGCAGGUUUCCUGGCAGCCCUUCUUGGACGGAGUGUUCCCGGCGAAAGCAGUGAAGUACCAGGCCGUGCCCAGCGAAUUGCCCAGCGCCGAGCCGAAGCCUGCCCAGGCGUACAGGCCCCCAGCCCUGCGAAACAAACCUGUGACGAGUUCCAAGCUUCAUGAGGAUGAGCCACCUCAGAAUAUGAAACCCCAGUCGGGAAGCGGUGAUAAGCCACUCUCUAAAACAGCUCUCAAAAACCAAAGGAAACACGAAGCAAAGAAAGCUGCUAAACAGGAGGCCAAAGCUGAUGUGAACCAGGAAUCUACACAGUCCUCGGCGCCACAGAACGCACCACGGAGUGCUGUGCCUGCCGUCACGUCGGGAGACCCCGAAGUUGACAAGAAGAUAAAGAAUUUAAAAAAGAAACUAAAGGCAAUUGAGCAGCUGAAGGAACAAGCAGCUGCUGGCAAACAGCUAGAGAAAAAUCAGUUGGAGAAGAUUCAGAAAGAAACUGCUCUCCUUCAGGAACUGGAGGACCUAGAACUGGGUCUGUAAAACUUCACGGAAAUCCAACACGGCGUUAACACAAAGCUAAUGAAAAAUGUAGUUCGUAUUAAUUUGAAUGCAGUAAAACGUUCCAGCACAUGCCCGAGGAUGCAGAAGCCUGCAAUUCGCUGCCCCCCUGC